AUGGAUUGUGAAAACAAAAAACCACUAGAAUCAAUCGACAUGGAAGCACCUGAAUUUAAAGAUUUUGCCAAGUCAAUGGUCGAUUACAUUGCAAACUAUCUGGAGAAUAUACGUGACAGACCAGUACUUCCAUCAGUUACACCUGGAUAUCUUCGUCCACUCAUCCCAGAAAAUGCACCAGAUAAACCAGAAAAUUGGACCGAUGUCAUGGCUGACAUUGAACGCGUCAUUAUGCCUGGAGUAACUCACUGGCAUUCACCUCGAUUCCACGCCUACUUUCCAACAGCAAAUUCUUAUCCAGCAAUUGUAGCCGAUAUGUUGAGUGGCGCAAUUGCAUGUAUUGGUUUUACGUGGAUUGCUAGCCCAGCAUGUACAGAACUCGAAGUUGUUAUGCUUGAUUGGUUAGGCAAGAUGAUCGGUUUACCAGAAGAAUUUCUUGCAUGCUCAGGAGGUAAAGCUGGUGGAGUUAUUCAAGGAACUGCAUCUGAGGCAACUCUUGUUGCUUUACUCGGAGCUAAGGCAAAAACAAUUCAAAGAGUUAAGGCAGAACAUCCUGAUUGGGACGACAACACAAUCGUUUCUAAAUUGAUUGCUUACAGCUCAAACCAAGCACAUUCCUCAGUUGAGCGCGCUGGACUUUUAGGUGGAGUUCGUAUGAGAAGUUUGAAGGCUGAUGACAAUUUACAAUUGAGAGGAGAAACAUUGGAAGAAGCAAUCAAAAAAGAUUUGGAUGAAGGUCUUAUUCCAUUCUACGCUGUAGCUACAUUAGGAACCACAAACACCUGCGCAUUCGAUCGAUUGGAUGAACUUGGACCAGUCGGAAAUCGUCAUAAUGUUUGGAUUCAUGUUGAUGCUGCUUAUGCCGGAAGUGCUUUUAUCUGCCCUGAGUAUAGACCUUUAAUGAAAGGAAUUGAAACUGCUGACUCAUUCAACUUCAAUCCACACAAAUGGAUGUUGGUUAAUUUUGACUGCAGUGCUAUGUGGUUAAAGGAUCCAAAUUGGGUUGUUAAUGCUUUCAAUGUCGAUCCAUUGUAUCUUAAACAUGACCAACAAGGAUCUGCACCUGACUACAGACACUGGCAAAUUCCAUUAGGCAGAAGAUUCAGAGCAUUGAAAUUGUGGUUCGUUCUUAGACUUUAUGGUGUUGAAAACUUACAGACACAUAUUCGUCGUCACAUUGGAUUUGCAAAUCAGUUCGAAGAAAGUUGCAAAAAGGAUGAACGAUUCGAAAUCUUCUCAAAAGUUCAAAUGGGCUUAGUAUGUUUCCGUCUCAAAGGUGCUAAUGAAAUUAGCGAAGCACUCCUUAAAAGAAUUAAUGGACGUGGCAAAAUUCAUCUUGUUCCUUCAAAAGUUAAUGACACAUACUUUUUGCGUAUGGCUGUUUGUUCACGUUUCACCCGUCCUGAAGAUAUGGAUAUCUCAUGGAAUGAGGUCAGUGAAGCUGCAACAGAAGUUUUAAAAGAACAAAAAAAAUAA